UCCUUAACGUUUUUUUUAAUCCUUAACGUUUUUUUAAUCCUUAAAGUAUUUUAGUUUUUUUUUUUUUUUUACAAACAUUUAUUAUGACACUGAAAACCACACCGUGUGUUAUUAUUGUUUUUUCUUUGUUUAAAUCCAUCAUUUCGAGUCCAACUGAGUGGUCAGAAGUGGAGCUGAGCUCAGGGGGGCUGCAGACAGAAGGCAUCAAUCUACUGGAUCAGCUGUGGCAGGUGGCCAACAGCAGUAAUGCCUCUGUAGCACUGGGAGAUCAGGGAUGUCCAGUGCUGCAUGUUGGACAGUACUCCACUCUCUCCUUACCCUUACACCAAGUUUUUGGCCACAGAUUUGCUGAUGAGUUCAGCCUUCUGCUCCAGCUACGCAGUUCUCAGAAUGAAGACCGUAGCCUCUUUACGUUCCUCUGCCCAGAUGGUCACAUCAUCCUUCAGAUCCGCAUCAGCACACACUACUUCACCUUUAUCAGUACACAGCAGCGCCAUUACGAGUUUCCCGUGGCUGUGUUGUCUGAUGGAAAUUGGCAUCAAGUGGCAGUGAGUGUGUCGACUGGCCGGCUUGUGUUGUAUGUGGACUGCGCCCUGGUCGAAAGUGUAGACUGGGCAUACAAGGAGGGUCUGGAAGUCACCACUGACGGGCUUAUCAUCGUUGGAGGAAUUAUUGAGGGCUUUGAAAUACCAUUUGAGGGUGAUCUGAAACAGGUGAUAUUCAUAAUGGGGGAGCCAGAUGCAGCCAGAGAUCAGUGUGAACUGUCUUUACCACAAUGUGAUGGAGCUGCUCAGAAACCCAGACACUUCCCACACAUUCAAGUUCCAGAAGAACUUUUGCUGUCCUCAAAUGACUUAGAGGAUUUACUGGACGGUUCUGACCCAGAGAACAGGGGCUUGAGCCGCAUGUCAACAAGUGGUGUGAGAAGACGUGGCCUCACCCGUGGAGAUGGCACACAUCCUACAGGUGUAAAGCGACCCGGCUUCAUUAGCCGCGGGGACGUCUUUGAGGUGGACGAGUACACUGACCUGGUCGAUCCCAACACCCUGUCAAAAAAUGCCGGCUUACCCCACAAGAUACCCCCACCACUUGCUAAAGGCAGCAAGGAAGCAAAGCCGGACUCUACCUCAAAACUUCUAGAUGAGAAUAUCACCACUGAGAAAAGCACUUCUGACAAAGGGAUUCCUAAAAAACCUGUCUAUAACACCAUUUUUGACGUGGACGAUCCUUCCAUUUUGAAAAAAACUGGAGAAAACUCGAGCUCCACAGGCCCUGAUUCCAAUCUGUUACAGGAAGGAGAAGAGAGAGUGACAUCAACUGUCCCGAAUGUGGUUCUCACAGAUAGGACAGGGGGCCUGGUGCGAGGCUCAGAUGGGAAGAUGUAUCACUUUCGUCAAGGCCCUCCAGGGCCAAUGGGGCCACCUGGGGAGCCAGGUUGUCCAGGCAGUGUGGGCUAUCCUGGGUUCAAAGGUGAAAAGGGAAGUGUCGGACCAGAGGGUCGUUCUGGUCGGGUUGGUAUCCCAGGUCCACAAGGACCACCAGGACCUCCCACUUUAUAUCUAUGGAAGAACACAGCAGAGGAGUGGGCUUACUUCCAGCAAACAUCAUUCUUUCAGCUGUUGUAUGCAGGUUGGCCUAGGGAGCUGGGGUUACCUGGGCCACAGGGAGAAUUGGGAAAACCAGGCCCACAGGGACCACCGGGUGAACCUGGAGAAAGAGGACCGUCAGGCCGUACGGGAGAUAUGGGUGACCCUGGCCUUCCAGGUGUGCCUGGCUUACCAGGGGUUCCUGGGAAAGAUGGAGAAAAUGGCAUGAAAGGACAGCAGGGGACGUCUGGAAUGCCCGGCCCAAAGGGCCCUCUUGGCUAUAAAGGAGAAUUUGGUUUACCUGGUGAAAAAGGAGAUGAGGGACCUAUUGGAGCAAAGGGUCGCAGUGGAGAUGUAGGGGAACCUGGAGAGAAAGGAUAUAAAGGACUGCUCGGACCACCUGGUCCUAUCGGCUCGCAAGGGCCACAGGGGAUUAGGGGGAUUGAAGGCCUUGAGGGCCCUCCAGGGACAGAUGGGGAUGAUGGCUUCGACGGUCCACCAGGUUCAUCAGGUCCACCAGGCCCUCCAGGUAUCACGGGGUUUGUAGGUGCUCAGGGCAUAAAUGGCUCAAGGGGGGAUCCUGGACCUGCAGGAAGCGCAGGUCCCCCAGGGCUCCAGGGUGCCCAAGGACUGGAGGGACAGAUAGGGCCUCCAGGGCCACGGGGCCCACAGGGACAACCUGGCAGAGAUGGCAUACCUGGCCCAAAAGGAGAUCCUGGACCUAUUGGGCCAACAGGACUUCGGGGAGAAACAGGACUUGAGGGCCCCAUGGGUGCAUUAGGAGCUCAAGGCUCUAAAGGAUUUUUAGGUGUUAGAGGUAAAAGGGGACCUGAGGGAGACAAGGGAGAAGCCGGACCAAAGGGUGACAAAGGUAUUAAAGGAGACCCAGGGCUACAGGGUCAACAGGGUGAACAGGGACCCACUGGUUUUACAGGUUUUUCAGGGGUCAAAGGUCUGCCUGGGCCAAGGGGAAUACAGGGAGAAGAUGGAGACAUGGGUCCACAGGGCAAAUCAGGAAAGGAGGGGAUAAAGGGCAACAGGGGAUCAGAGGGCUGUCAGGGAAAGCUAGGACCAAGGGGACCAAUGGGUCGUACAGGGCAAAGAGGUCACGCUGGAAUGCCUGGACCUCCGGGAUUUCCAGGUCUUCACGGAGGAUUCGGGGCUGAAGGAAAGCCUGGUACACAGGGACCCCAAGGUGCUACAGGUAACCCAGGGGAAAAAGGACUAAUGGGCUUGCAUGGCAGUGCUGGACAGCCUGGUAUGGAUGGACCAACUGGAUAUCCUGGUCCAACUGGACAAGAAGGACCCCGGGGCAGUCCAGGUCCACCAGGAGAGAGGGGAUUCUCAGGAAAGCCAGGAGCAGUGGGGCCUCAGGGCCCUGUUGGCAUGUAUGGUUUUACAGGAAGCACAGGCACACGAGGAAGACCAGGAAGCAUGGGAGAACAGGGAGAACCAGGUGUGAAAGGACCACCAGGACCCAGUGGAAAGCCUGGACCUGCAGGACUAACUGGGCCACCUGGAGUGAGAGGUCCUCAAGGACCACAAGGCAGGCAAGGGGAUCCUGGGCCUCAAGGAAUAGACGGUGCAUGUGGUCCUCUAGGGCUGCAGGGAGUUGAUGGGAUGAUGGGAAGACCAGGGCCUUAUGGCAGUAAAGGAGUGCCAGGAGAUCCAGGCCCAAGAGGGCCUCCAGGUAUCCCAGGCUCUCACGGUGAAAAUGGGUUGCCUGGACCAGCUGGGGACAGGGGGGAGAAGGGAAUAAUGGGCCAUCUUGGUGAUAUGGGGCCUUCUGGACUCGAAGGUGAACAGGGUCCAGCGGGUCUAGUCGGACAGGAGGGACCGUUGGGGAGAAAAGGGGAUCAGGGAGAACAAGGCCUCUGUGGUAACCUUGGUCCCCAGGGACAGAAAGGAGACAGGGGUCCACAGGGUACAAAAGGUCUGCAGGGUCUACCUGGUCAGCUUGGAAAAGAGGGAGAUGUUGGUAAACGUGGAGAUCCUGGUUAUCCUGGGCCUGAAGGGGAAAAAGGUGAAAGAGGCCCUCAGGGGAUGACUGGUUUAGAAGGGCCCUGGGGCGCUGUAGGAGCAAGAGGAGCACGGGGAACAAAAGGAGACAAGGGCAAUGUUGGCCUUCUGGCUGAGCCAGGUCUUAUGGGUGAAGUUGGACCUGUUGGGUUGAAAGGACUUCCUGGAGAAGUGGGACCACCAGGGCCAGUAGGAGCAAAUGGACCACCAGGGGACAAGGGGGAGAUGGGAUCAUCUGGCUUGCCUGGUAUGCCUGGAAUUACUGGGCCUCAGGGAAUAGCUGGUGUGCCAGGAGUUAGAGGAGACACUGGAAAACCUGGACAACAGGGUACUGAAGGGCCUGUAGGUCCUAAAGGAGAUGUUGGGCCAAAAGGCUAUGCAGGGCCAGAGGGAGAGAAAGGAGAGCCAGGGAUCCCAGGAGAAACAGGAGAGCAGGGACCAGAGGGCCUUCCAGGUAUUCAAGGGCCCCCUGCAUUGCCUGGUUUAGAGGGACCACCAGGAGAGUCAGGACUUCAGGGCCCACCAGGUCCACCAGGAUCCCCGGGAAAGAUGGGUCGACAAGGACCAGAGGGAAGACAAGGCAUGAAAGGAGACAGGGGAGAUGAUGGCAUUAAUGGACCACUAGGAAAGAUGGGUCUCAUCGGUAGGAAGGGGAAAAAAGGCAAAACUGGUUUAAGGGGCACAAGAGGACCAAGAGGAGAAAAGGGAGAGAAAGGAGAGAUGGGUGAGAAAGGACUCCUAGGAUGGGAAGGGUCUAUGGGUAUUUUAGGUCAACAAGGAGAUACGGGUGAAGAAGGUGCAAAAGGAGAAGAGGGAGAGAAGGGUGAUCAAGGGUCACCUGGUCCUCCAGGAAAAGAUGGCUUAAAGGGAAACCAGGGUCCUUUCGGUCUACCUGGACUACCAGGACCAAAGGGGGAUCAGGGUAGUAUUGGUAUAUCUGGUCCAAGAGGGACGCCUGGCAUACCAGGACUACUGGGCUUGUUUGGAGCAAAGGGUUUAAAGGGUUUACAGGGAGCUCCUGGACCAGCUGGAAAGAGGGGCCUUCCGGGACCACCUGGACCCCCAGGACCUCCGGGCAUCACUGUGAACCUUACUAUUACCCAAAUUAAAGAUUUGAUGUAUGUCUCAGACAAGCCCAACUACUCACUCAUCCAGGUGCUCUUAGAUUCGCUGAACCAUGACCUGAGGCUGUUGCUGGAUCCACCUGAUGGCAGUAAAGAACAUCCAGCCUCCACUUGCCUGGAACUGUGGCUGUGCCACCCCAACUACACCAGUGGGUUCUAUUAUAUCGACCCGAAUCAGGGCAGCACUGCAGAUGCUCUUUUGGCUUACUGUGACUUUUCUGAGUCAAGGGCAGAGACAUGUCUUCACCCUAGAACUACACAGCUACCCGUGAGAGCAUGGUUGAAUGACUCUGUAUCAGAUAGUGCUUUCUACUGGCUCAGCUCCCUUCACAGGGGCUUUGCGUUUGAAUACACAGGUCUCACUGUGGUCCAGGCCAGAUUUCUGAGACUUCAGAGCAACCUGGCAGAGCAGAGAGUGACUUAUUCCUGCUAUCCCGGACACAGAUUGGGACAAACACAGCGGCAAGCACGCUUUCUCACCAGCUCAUUACAGCAGAGCUACCAGGGGACCCUUCAGGACUGUGUGCCUGCCAAGGAAGUGGAUCCAGGACCACGGGUGUCUGUGCUUCAGUUUGAGGAUAAAGACCUGCUCCCUCUGCGGGACAUCGCAGUCUUCGCCAGCAGCAGCCUUUCACAUGAGUUUGGCUUCACUGUGGGUCCCGUGUGUUUCAGCUAGAGUGUGAGGGAGAGAUCGAGAUUGCUUUAACGAGUAAAAUCUCACACACAAUUGGCAGCAAAAAAAGACAGAGGUAAUCUGUUCAACAUGAGGAUAAAAGGAAGGGCUGUGGUUUGUACCAUUACCAUGUCCAUUACAAUCCUCACUACACGUUAAUGACACUUUAAGAGGGCACAUUUUACUGGUGCUCCUCAACAAUUGACCAUCUUUUUUGUUUACAAAUAUAAGCAUUUUGUAAAUUAUAUUCUGUUUUUUUUUUUUUGUAGUUUUUGACUGUGGGUUUUAUUUUAAUUAUUAUUUUUUUUAACUUUGUGGCAUUUCAGUAAUGUGGUAAGCCACGUACAUGACAGAGUGUUCAUGUAACCACUGUGUGGUUGCACAGUGUUUAACUAAAGAACCAGAAAAUGUUUCCAAAUUAUAUAUAUACACUUCAGAUACAUCUUGAUUAGUUUCAUUUUUAUUCAUUUUUUCAAGCUUUCCUAUUUGAUAUAGAAGCUUUUUUCUAGUAAAACCAUGUGUUGUGAAAGGACCGCAGCUUUGGCCUGAUCUUUCUCUGCAGUCUAUAAUACAAAUUAUAGUCUGAUAUGAUUUCCCCUUUAUAGUGCUUAGCAUCAUGUAUGUUGGUUUUAGAGUAAAUUGGGAUGUUUUUGCAGCUGAUCGUUAAUCUUAUCACUGCUAAAUUGUCAUGUUUGAAAUAUUUUUUCAUUUCUCAGGUGCUAAAAUGUAACAUACUGUAGCAGGGAAAUGGAACUACUGUGCUGUACUUACUGCUAUGUUUAUUACAGUUACAUAACAAAGCAUGACAAAGAGAAGUAAUUAACGAUGGGGAAAAGAAGAUUGGAAAAUGUAUUCAGCACAUACCGAGGUGCUUUAUUCCUUUUGUACCACAGCACUUUGCCAAUGCUAACUAAUUUUUUUUAUUUUUAUUACCUUAUGACACAUCAUGGUUUUUAUUGAUUUAUAGUCGUAUUUAUGUUCUGGAAUGUCCACAUUACAUGCAUUGUAGCAGACAUAACCAUUCAUUCCCUCAGGAGAUUCAUUCCCUCUCUCUCUAUCUCUGUCUUUCUUAAAAUAAAUAAAUAAAUAAAAUCUUAGUAUCAUCUUACUGAGAAUCCAGAAAGCAUAAACUGUACUGUCCUGAAGACUUUCCUGAGCUGGAAGACUUUCUUCUGACUGUUCCAAAGCACUUACAACUGAGAUUCCUUCCACAAAUUUUAAAUUUUAAAUAUCUCCUAAAAAAAUAAAACCAAAUCAAUGACUAUACAUUUUACGUUCUUAAACAGCAAAGUUUUUUAUGUGAAACAUCUGCCAAACAUCUGCCUCAGUAUUAGAAACAAUAAUAUUUUAUAACGGGCACAUUAAGCCGUAUUAAAUGUUACAGCCAAAAGUAUUAUCUGACCGUGCUAUUAUAUGUACAGUAUAUUACACACUGACCUAUAAGCUUUGCAAACUCUGGCAGAUUAAAAAUGAAUCAACAUCUUCUGACCAAACAGAGAGAAGCAUUCAGCAGUGCUGUGGUAUAAUAUAAUUUAACACAUGACUAAAUUCUUUAUUGUACUGUAGCACAGAUACAAGAAAGAAAGUCACGCUCUUGAUUUGUGCUUUGAACAGUUAUAAAAAAUGUCUUAAGUGGAAAAAAAAUCAUUCUUUUACCGUUUAGAUGGUAUACAUCUCCUGGUUAGGAAAAAUAAGGUUUCUGUAAUGUUAUGUAGGCCUCAGGGAGCAUGUGGCAUGCCAUAGUUCUGCAAAUAUGUUUAGGUGCUUGAAAAAAAUCAAUGAAUCCAUAUUUCUUUAUAUGCAAAACUUAAAUGUCAUUAAAGAACUCAUUAUAAUAACCAGGAAACACCAAUCACAAGGUCACCUUACAUACAACUGCAUACUAAUGAUUUCAACUUAUUUAGCUGAAUUUAACAAACAUGACUUGGACUCUUACUUUAUAAUAAAUAGUUUCUUUGUAAUAACUGGUGACAUUUUAAGUCAUAUGCUGGUCAUCUGCUCUCAAUAUAGGAUUCAGGAAGAACAAAUGACAUGAAUUUAUUUGUGUGUAUUGUUUUGUAUGUUUUGUAAAC